UGAUCAUGGUCCAAUGUACGCUUGAUACGUCGAUUUCCUGUUUUAGGCCUGACAACUGACGUGACAUAAAAGUCUGAAGAUGGCAUUACAGUGGACAUUCAUCGCUACUUUCCUUUACUUCGAGAUCUUUAUAGUCAUCCUUCUUCUGCUACCAUUUGUAUCACCUGCACGAUGGCAGAAGAUUUUUCGCUCCAACAUCGUCAACACCUUGUCUAAUUACUCCUAUAUCUACUUCAAUGUGUUCAUCGCCAUUCUUCUGUUGCUGUUUAUAGAUUCCAUCAGAGAGGUCAACAAGUACUCGGUGCCUGUUGGAGAGGUUGAUCUCAAGCAUAAUCUUGACUCUGAAAACCUUGCGCACAUGAAACUGUUUCGAGCACAGAGAAACUUUUACAUAACUGGAUUUGCUCUGUUUUUGUGGUUUAUAAUCCGCCGUCUGACGACACUCACAGCAGAGCAGGCAAGGUUGAGUGCUGAAUGUGAAGCUAGUCAGAAACAGGCCAAAUCAGCCAAUGAGGUGGCCAAACGCCUCAUGGAGGACCAAGACAAUAAACGCAAUAAAGCAACUGAGGAUGACACAGCAGAGGAGAAAAGUUUGGCCCAGCAGUUAGACAAGACCAAGGAGGAUCUAGUCAAAGUCAAACAAGAUUACAAGAAAGUCAAACUAGAUUUAGAUGCACUACGCAGCCAGGCUGAGGGAACAAACAAGGAGUAUGACCGUCUACUGAAGGAGUACUCUGACCUCCAGAAAAAGUUGAGUGAAGAUGGAUCAAAGAAAGACAACUAGACAGCAGUGGACAAUUUCAUUUUUCUCUUCUGUUUGUCUGUUUUUCCUGAUGUUUAAGUUUACCAAAAGUAAUGGUUCAGAUGAAGGUCAAUGAAAAGAUAUUGCAAAGAUGAUAAUGAAGUUGGAAAUUAAUUGCUGAUUGAAGUUUUUACUAAUCCAUCUCAUUGAUAAAGGCUCCUCCACUUUCUGGAUGCUGUUGGCUGUUGACUUCCCAAAGUAAAGAAAAGAUCUCUUAAUGUUUGAAUAUUUCUGAUAUUGCUAGUGUAUUGAAAUUUAAUUGAACUGGAUGCCAUUUUCAUAACUACCAGGGGUAAUAUAAUGAUUUAAAUAACUUUGACAACAACAAAAACAUUACUGAUAUAGAUAAUUCUGUCUACACAAACAAGAGGAAAUUAAACAACAUGCCGUUUUGAAGUCUAGUUCUAUUUUUCUUUACUCUGGAAUUUUCCUUUGUUAUAUGAUUAUAAAUAUGUAUUAUAAUAUCAGUUUUUGCAUUUAUGAAAUAUUCCCAGUAUAUCUAUGUAAGGAAUUUCUAUUUUUAUUGCAAAAUUAUAACAAUUUGCACUAAAUGGCAAAUUAGUAUUUCUGUUUAUAUCUAAAUAUUUGAUAUAGUAACCAUAUUUUUUACCUGUCAGGAUAAAGGGAAAAGGUUCUGUACAAUAUUACAUAUUGUGAAAACAAGAAAUAAUAUAGGAUGUGAGCUGGCUUGUGUCAAAGACCUGUGACAGAAAAUUGUUGUAGUUCACUGUGAUUUUUAAGGCGAAGAGAGUUGUUAUAAUUCAGUAAAACUACUGUUGAAGGAAAUUAGAUUAUAACACUAUUUAAUUUACCAUUUUGUGAUUUAAUAACAUUAACUUGAAAUUGCUGAUGGUUUUUUAAGCAUUUGCAAACAUUCAUGAAGUUGUAACAGUGUCAAGUUUAUUAAUAAAAUUGAUACUUUCACAAUGUAAUAAAAUUACCCAAAUUGAUGACAUGUAUGUUGAAGAAAUUAAAACAUCAACUCAAUGGUAGAUUGAUAGCAAUGCAUUGUUGUUCACUUGACAAAUCCAAAUCUGACAUUUGUAUUUUGGUACAAGAUUAAUUAAUUUUGGCUACGUUUGUUACCUUUAUUACAUAUCUUCUUGUUCUUUACCAUUUCUAUUUAUUUAUCAAUUGUAUGUAGAAUUGUAUCUUGUGAUUUUUAGAGGUGUACUUACAUUAGAGUUAAUAAAACCCUAUAGCAGAUGUUAAUGAAAUAAAAGCAAAAAAAAUCAACAAAUUAUUCCUGUGCGAGUUGUACAAGAGUUAUACUAUAAUAAGCCAAUGUCUGGCAAUAAGCACUUGUCUGCCAAAAAGACCACCUUGUUCAAUUAAUAAUCAAGAACAUUUAUUAAGUAAUGCAUUUUUAUUAUCCUGUAAUACAAGAACCCCCUCCCUUUUGUCAGUCAAAAUGUACUUGCCUCCUUGGCUUAUUGUCCUGUAAUAAGCCCUCCGUCAUACUUUAUGACACAGGUUUUGUGUAAGUCUAUUUGGCUUAUUGUCCUGUAAUAAGGCUGAUCCAAACUUAGUGUCAGAGGUUAUAUGCUGUCUUCCUUUGCUUAUUGUCAUGUAAUAAGCCCAUCAUCAUACUUUGUGACAUGACUUAUGUACUGGCCUCCUUGGCUUAUUGUCGUACAAUAAGCCCAUCCUCAUCCUUUUUGACAGAGGUUUUGUGUAAGUCUAUUUGGCUUAUUGUCCUGUAAUAAGCCUACCCCAAACUUAGUGUCAGAGGCUAUAUGCUGGCUUCCUUGGCUUAUUUUCUUGUAAUAAGUCAACUUCUCACUUGAUGACAGAGAUUAUGUGUUGGCUUCCUUGACUUAUUGUCCUGUAAUAAGUCCAUUCACUCACUUUGUGUCAGAGGUCAUGUGGUAAGCUGCAGGAUAAAUCUAGAUCAUUCAUAGCAUAAGAUUUAAACUUAUGAUUUUAUCAUAUACUUAAUGCUACAGAUACAGAUGUAGACUGGGUUAAAACAAGAUCAAAUUCAAAACAUUUUCUUUUGUACAUCUACAAUUAGGUUUACUUGUAUCAACACUGUGUUGUAUUAGUCAUUACUGUAUUGGAAUGUUGAAUAAAAUGCGUUUUGUUUCUGUUGAA